AUGGCUGACACUCCGCUAACCAAUAACGACGCAAUCGCCCUCGCCCACAUGCCUCAGCAGGCCCACGUCUGGCGCGCCGAAGACGACUGGACCGGGGUGAUUGACCGCAAGGAGAGGAGGAGGUUGCAGAAUCGGCAAAAUCAGAGGAAGUGGCGCCAACGGCGAAAAGCCACAAGUACAAAGUCCUCCUCUCCGGAGAGUAGCGAGGCCCCGGGCUCGAAAGCCACAGGGAUCGGCUCCUCAACCAUCUCGGUAAAGUCGGAGCCUGAAGAGCGCGAGGUUACGGAGAUUCGAUGCGCACACGCCCCACCCAAUGCACUAGAGUACCUGCGCUGGUUCGAAGCCACAUUGCGCGAGAGCUACCUGCGCGGCUCUCCGAAAAGGGAACAUCUCAUCGGACUCACGAGGCUGAAUGUUCACCGGGCUAUUAACGAGAACAUCCGUGCCAUCGGCAUGGACGUCGACUGGAUGUCCUGCGACGACAGUAUUAGUAUCUUCAACCUGCAGUCUCCCACCUCCGCAUCACUACCACCUUCAACAUCAGCAUCAACAUCACCAUCGUCACUCCCCUCAACACAAGUAUACCCCUACACAGAAAACCACAUCCCGCCCGCCCUGCGUCCCACUGAAAUCCAAAAACUCAUCCCGCACCACCCGUGGCUCGACUUCUUCCCCUUCCCCCGAAUGCGCGACUGCCUGAUCGCUGCCAGCCACCUCUUCGACGACGACGAGCUGUGCCACGACCUGAUGGCAUUCUGGGAUACGCGCAAUACAGGCGCGACGCUGAUUGUUUGGGGGCAGCCAUGGGAUCCAAGCAAUUGGGAGGUUUUGCCGUUUGCCGCGAAACCAUAA